AUGAAUCCUGCCGUGUCCAACCUUGUGCUCAUGCUGGGUAUGAUGCAAGUUUCUCGUAAACUUGACUUCGAAGACCCAACCAUCCUUCUUUACGUGAGAAUCUUGUACGUUUCGUGUACUUUGCUCACUUUGGGUGUUUACCUCUAUACGAGAUGGCUGAUUAUUAAAAAGAACGAUCUCACCACUUUCAAGUACUUGGAGCCUCCUAACACUUUGCAGGGGGAGACUGAGUCCAAGCUGACCGUCACUACCGUCAAGGAUUACGAUUUGAAACAGCUCCAAGGUGCUAUCAAGGGUGUUUUCACAGGUGUGGCUAUGAUGGGUUUCAUGCACUUGUACAUGAAGUACGCCAACCCAUUGCUCAUGCAAUCUAUCUCUCCAUUGAAGGGUGCUUUUGAGUCCAACCUGGUCCAAAUCCACGUCUUUGGAAAACCUGCUUCCGGUGACCUUAAAAGACCGUUCCAAGCCAGCGCUGGAUUGUUUGGUGGUUUCGGUAACCAACAACAAAAGACUGACAAGGCCUCUAUUGAGAAGGCUGAGAUCAGCGGUGUUGGUGGUAUCAAAGAAGAGUAA